AUGAUUGUGGGAGAUUUCAACUAUAACUUUCGCCACUACCCUUCCGCCAUCAUCCAUAAUAAACUCCAAGAUUUUGAAUUCAUCACAAAUCUACAUCUCGAUCAUCCACAUCCAAUUGAGCCCACCCCCGUUACCUCAACUGACUCACCUAUCACUCCUAUUAUCCUUGACUGUAACGAUCCUUCCAAUAUGCCGCCCUCUACCCAAGCGCAAUGGCUCUGGCACGCCAUGCUACAACAAUACUACCAGGAGUGCUCCCACCGUUUGCAACCCGACCCUUCUCUACCAGGCUCGACAGGUGGUAGACAUCGAUCUACCAUAGACUAUAUGUAUGAGGCUCCUCCUCGUCUCACCAAUUUUCUACACACUUCCAACGUCGAGUUCAUAGGCCCUCAAUGGACUAACCAUGCGAUGCUUAGCCUACACUUCAGAAUGCGCAACACCAACCAAGGACGAGGCUUAUGGUGA